AUGCAAAGGAAAUCGCAGCGUCUACUUGCAAAUCCGUUUCUGCAAGCUAACUUCAACCUGUCCGGUCACGCCGCCUCGGGUGCCUGUACCUUCGUUUUCUCGCUGCGCGGAAGCACCAUUUGUGAAGCUCCACACGACAAAAAUCACCUGCACGAUUCUCUGCUGCUUGCUGAGGACGACGACCCGGGGAAUGGGAGGACUGCUUUGCCCCAGACUGCAUUCGUAGUUAUGUCAUCCGAUUGUUUUUUUGAGUAUAUGUACGAUGCACUCCAGAACGGGUUUGCGACUUGUUCUUUGGAUCGCGACUUGCAAAAGGUCAACGACGGCAAGCAGGACAGUAUCAGGUGGUAG